GUUUGGCAAUCGGAGAGUGUAGUAGUAUUAUUCUAUCCGUGCCGAUUAUUUCUGGCAAGAGUUUUAAACCGACGACAGCGGUGAUUGGGCGGCGCAGUCACGGGGUCCGCAGUCUCUUCGCCCUGCCUAGAGUCAGUCAGUCAGUCGGGGGAAGGCAAGACUGCCUGCAAGCGCUUCUCUCUGUGUGGAUCCACCAUACACACACAUACGCGCUCACACGGACCUUCACGCACAAUUAUUGUUAAUUACGGAACCCUUUUCGGUCUUUUGAGAGUCGGUUUUUCCACCAUGGGCGACAAAAAGAGCCCGACCAGGCCAAAAAGACAAGCCAAACCGACAGCGGACGACGGAUUUUGGGACUGUAGCGUGUGCACUUUCAGAAACAGUGCCGAAGCCUUCAAAUGCAGCAUCUGUGAUGUACGGAAGGGCACGUCUACCAGGAAACCUCGGAUAAACUCCCAGCUGGUGGCACAGCAGGUGGCCCAGCAGUAUGCCACCCCUCCUCCCCCAAAGAAAGAGAAGAAGGAAAAGCCUGAGAGGCCUGAGAAAGAUCGCACCGAGGGGGAGCGUCCCGACAGAAAUCCACCCGACAUUGAACGCACGGACACGGACAAGGACAAGGACAAAUGCGAGAAGGAUCAACCUGAGAAAGAGAAGAAGGACCGAGAGAAAGAAAUUAGCCCAGCCAUCACCAAGAAACCCAACAACAAAAAGAACAAACCCAAGUCAGACAGCCAUCAAAGCCCACCCAGUGAGCGAAACAGCAUUCAGUCCGGAAAAUCCACAACCAAAAUUAAGAACUCUCACAUCUCCAGACCCAAGCUGAAGAACAUUGACAGGAGCACAGCCCAGCAGCUGGCCAUCACUGUGGGGAACGUCACAGUGAUCAUAACAGACUUUAAGGAGAAGACCCGCACCUCCUCCACCUCGUCCUCCACAGUCACCUCCAGCGCCGGCUCUGAACAGCAGCACCAGAGCUCCGGCUCCGAGAGCAUGGACAAGGGCUCAUCCCGUGCUUCGACCCCAAAGGGAGACCUCUCGGUCGGGCACGAUGAGUCAUUCUGAGCGCCACGGACGCUGUCGAGACCGCAGGGAUGUACUUUGCCUCCAUUUUCCCCUCACCUUGCCCUGAGCCAACUCAUAUUCAUUUCCAUCUCUGAAAGGGGGAUUUAUGGUCCUCUCACCCACACACACUCGCAUACAUUUGUGUGAAUGGUGCAAACUGGACCCAUGGUAUUGGGUCGUUGGGCGACCUGUACCUCCUUUGCCUUUCUGGAGACAUCCCACUCUUGUAUGUAUUGUUUUAUAUUUGUACGUGGAUGUGCAGCUGAAUCGACUUUUUUUCUGGACCAUUAUUGCUCUUAUUUAUUAUGUUGCAUCUCUCUACUUCAAGAGAUUUGUUUUCUCUUCAGUUUCACACAGCUAAAGUAGCUGUUGAAACAAUCUUGCCGGAGAUUCCUGAGAAACUUCCCGCAAUGGUGCUAGAUACACUGUGAAAUGGUUUCAGUCCUCAGACUGACGUUCACACCAUAGAAACAGAUCCCUCUGCUCUUGAAAACAAUGGAAAUGCUUGUGGCCUGGUGUCAGGCUGCAUUCUUCUGUUGCUUUGUUUUGGGAUUUUUUUUUUUUUUUUUUUUUUCAUUUUGCGAGACUGGUUUGAACACUUGUGCACUGGGAUUCCCUAGAUUUGGUUUCAUCAAUGAACGGAUGGUGUUUUGCAUCCGCUUUGUUAUGGAGAAGACAGCUGGGAUUCAAAAACUGCAAGGAGACAUUGUGAGCAUGAUGUCAGCUUUGUAUUUGAACAUUCGGAACUGAGCUUUCUUAACGCUCACUUGGCUUAACGUCUGGUUUUGCAAAUGUAUUUGAAACGUUUUAUUUGACAGCUUUUGGUGUUCUUCAUGGUCUACAUAAUAUGAUGUAUUGUAAAAACACUAAAAGGUCUGAAGGACUUAUUUUGCGAUUUCUAGUUCUUUUUGAUUUGAAAGAAACCCAUUUUAAUGUUAGGGCUGUACUCCGCCUCGUUUUAAUCUGAAGGCAAACGUGUGACUAAGUUCACCCCAUUAUUUUCAGAAACUUAUUUACUCAAACAGUCCCACCGAGACAUGCUGAACAUGAGCUUCAAACUGUCGUUGAAUUCAUGGGAACUCUCACAAGCAUUCAGUACCAACAUUUUAAAAAAUUAGUUUAUUUGGGUGUCAUGAAAAAUUGACGCAAGCAUGAUUUCUCUCAACAUUACCGAUCCCCAUUGACUCAAAAUACUCGAGCUGUCUAGCUGGCGUUUCCCACAAAUCUAAAAGUCAGCAAAUCGUCCCUUUGAACUGUAAACUUGUACAAAGUAUGUGUAUAUGAUAUGAGUUUUAUUUAUUGAAGGACCAAAGGAAUUUGAUAUUGAUGACAUGCUAGGCAAAUGAAUAAUUCAAAAUGUAAUUACCAUAUGUGUGAUAUAUAACAUUUUAAUAAAGUCUAAUAUAAUCCAUUUCAAAUGUGUAAUUCUUGUCCUCUUGAUAUAUGCAGAAUAUUUGUAUACUUGUAAAUUUAUAGACAUUCAAGUCAAAUCUGUAAAGACAACACUGACUUCUGUCGUUUUACUGCGUGUUAAUUCUGCUAUGGCAUAGAAUUAUUACAGUGAAUCCCCAUCGAGCUGUUUUUCCCUCUUUGAAUUGUUCUUUUAAUCUUUUGUAUGUUUUGAAAUGAAGAGAUAAAUGGACACUUUGGUGCUUUGAAUGGGAAACUGCUUCUGUGAACAACCUUCAUUAGCAGAAGUAGACAGACUAAUAAGCAUCUUGUAUAAAUGAAGGCUUGUUUUAAGAGGGUAAACAUGUGUCUUCUGUGUUUGUGAAGUUAACCAACCAAACCGGUAUUGAUUGUUGAAUACAAAGCAUUUCAGAUUUUGUUUUGUUACCCAUUUAGAUCGGUGCAAUUCAAGAUAGACACUAUUCCUAAAAUCUUUUCUUUUACUCAAAGUAUGCAAAGUAAUAACCAGAAUGGGAUGUUUGACAUCACAAAUCACUGGGGCUUUAAUUAUUCUGCAUUGUUCAGAUUGUUGAGAUUUUACUACAUUUUAACCCCUGCAAAGUUAUUGAAUUUGCAAUGUAUAGCUUAAAAAAAAACAUUUCGUAAUAUGUAUGAAUAUAGCCAUUUUUUUCACUUGCCUUAUCCGCUGUCAGAAACGAUUACCUGAAUUUUGUAAAAUUGUAUAGGAAAAAAAGAACAAACAAUGAAUUGUAUGUUAAUUUAUUCAAAUUUGAGGAGAAAAAAAACAAUUGCUGAUUUUAAAUUGCUUAUGUAUAACUCAAAAUGGUGCAAAAGCCAAUAUAAUAGGCUAUGAAUAGCAAUGGAGCUAAACGUUUUUGUUUAUUUUUUUUACGCGCAAGCAGUUCUGUUCUUGUGUACGACCAGUAACCUUAAUUUACUGUGUAAAGAUGGUUACACUUUUUUUUUUAGCUUUUUUUUUUUUUUGGUCAGAAACCCAAAUCUAGAAUGCUUGUUUACAUAUGCUAUAGCGUUAAUCUGGUGAAAUUUCAGUGUACCUGUAUAGUCCUGGCUCCUUUAAUUUUUCAAUAUCUUGUAAAAAAAUAUAUAUAUAUAUGCUUUCUACAGUUUUCUUUUGCAUAAUAAUUUUUCAUUUUGUUAUUGUAAUUUUUUUUUUUUUCCUUUUGGUUUUGUUCUUCUUAGUUGCUGUUAUUUGUAAAUUUUGUAUUGAGCUCAUUGUUUGAAUUGUAAAUGUACAUUUUACUGCCCUUUCUCUUAAUUAUUUGAAUUGAUCACUGCUCCUUGUCUAUAGCUGAUACAAUGCUAACAUUCGACAGACUUCUGGCAUGUGCACGACUUUGCUUUUAGAGGCUUCUUUAUCAUUUCCCAUACUUCCAGUAGAAAUGUCCAUUGAUGCAUUUUGCUUGUGUUUUUUCCACAAAUAAAAUGUUAAAUUUA